UGUAACUUAAAGACUUAUAUUUAAAUAAAAGAAAAACAUUUUACUCAAAAAAAAAUCAUUCAGCAAACCGAAAAAAACAAUCAUUCAUUUGAAUGGUUACAGCCUCUUCCCUUUCUGUUAAUGAGGCUCUUCUGUUUCUUGUCAUCGCCUCUAUACAAAACUGUACCUUUUUCUUCAUUUACUACUGUUGUGCCAAACCAAACAACACCCACAAGGUGGAAAACCUUUUCCCACAUUUUCCAACAAUGCUCACACCAACGAGCUCUGAGUCCAGGCAAACAAGCCCAUGCUCGCAUGAUUGUAACUGGGUUUCAGCCCACUGUCUUUGUUACCAACUGUUUAAUGCAGAUGUAUGUGAAAUGCGGUAGCUUGGAAUAUGCUGACCAUGUGUUUGAUAGAAUGUGUCAACGAGACAUAGUGUCUUGGAACACUGUGAUUUUCGGGUAUGUGGGAUGUGGGAAGAUGGGGUUUGCACAGUCAGUUUUUGACUCAAUGCCUGAGAGGGAUGUGGUGUCAUGGAAUUCGCUGAUUUCAGGGUACUUGCAGAACGAUGAUUAUUGUGAAGCUGUUGAUGUUUUUGUUAAUAUGCUGAAAAUGGGAACAGUGUUUGAUCAUACUACGUUGGCUGUUGUUUUAAAAGCAUGUUCUUUAAUGGAAGACGUUGACUUGGGUAUUCAGAUACAUGGAAAUGCAGUGCAGAGAGGUUUCAAUAACGAUGUGGUAACAGGAAGUGCUCUUGUUGAUAUGUAUGCUAAAUGUAAGAAAUUAGAUGACUCUAUUCGGGUUUUCCACGAAAUGCCUGAAAAGAAUUGGGUUUCUUGGAGCGCUGUUAUUGCGGGUUGUGUUCAGAAUGAUCAGUUCAUUAAGGGCUUAGAACUGUUCAAGAAGAUGCAGAUGGCAGGAGCAAUUGUUAGUCAAUCUAUUUAUGCUAGUGUUUUCAGGUCCUGUGCAGGCUUAUCUGCAUUUAGGUUAGGCAUGCAGUUGCACGGACAUGCUUUAAAGGCCAACUUUGGAUCUGAUGUCAUUGUGGGAACUGCCACUCUAGAUAUGUAUGCAAAAUGUGACAGCAUGCCUGACGCUCAAAAGGUAUUUAACUCAUUGACAAACCGUAGUUUGCAAUCUUACAAUGCCAUUAUUGUUGGGUAUACUCGAAGUGAUCAAGGUUUUAGAGCUCUGGAGCUAUUUCUGCUUUUACAUAAAUCUGGCCUUGGUUUUGAUGAAAUAAGUCUAUCUGGUGCAUUUAAGGCAUGUGCAGUGAUCAAAAGCCACUUGGAGGGACUUCAACUACAUGGAUUAGCAGUCAAGAGUAGUUUGAGGUCAAAUAUUUGUGUGGCAAAUGCCAUGUUGGACAUGUAUGGUAAAUGUGGAUCUCUGUUUGAAGCUUGUUUUGUGUUUGAUGAGAUGGGAAGAAGAGAUGCUGUAUCUUGGAAUGCAAUUAUUGCAGCUCAUGAGCAAAAUGAAAACAGAGAGGAAACACUUUCACUAUAUCUUUCGAUGCUUCGAUCAAGAAUGGAACCUGAUGAUUUCACCUAUGGCAGUGUUUUAAAAGCUUGUGCAAGUCAGCAAGCUUUAAACUGUGGCAUGGAGAUCCAUAACAGAAUUAUCAAAUCUGGAAUGGGGUUGAAUGUGUUUGUUGCAAGUGCCCUUGUGGAUAUGUACUGCAAGUGUGGUAUGAUGGAAGAGGCAGAAAAGAUCCAUGACAGAACAGAAGAGCCUACUAUGGUUUCAUGGAAUGCCAUAAUUUCUGGAUUUUCACUACAAUAUCAAAGUGAGAGUGCUCAGAGAUUUUUCUCUCAGAUGUUAGAGAGGGGUGUAAACCCCGAUAACUUCACUUAUGCAACAGUUAUUGAUACCUGUGCUAAUUUGGCUACCAUUGGACUUGGGAAGCAAAUCCAUGCUCAAACUAUUAAGCUGCAAUUGCAGUCAGACGUGUAUAUAACCAGCACUCUUGUUGAUAUGUACUCAAAAUGUGGAGUCAUGCAAGACUCCCAACUAAUGUUUAUGAAAGCACUUAGGCGAGAUCCCGUGACAUGGAAUGCCAUGAUCUGUGGCUAUGCUUACUAUGGUCUUGGAGAAGAGGCCCUAACAACUUUUGAGAAUAUGCAGCUUGAAAAUGUGAAACCAAACCAUACCACUUUUGUUUCAGUUCUCCGUGCCUGUGGGCACAUUGGGCAUGUUGAGAAGGGGUUGCGAUACUUCCAUUCUAUGCUAAGCGACUAUGGUUUAGAUCCUCAUUUGGAGCAUUAUUCAUGUAUGGUGGAUAUAUUAGGCAGGUCUGGCAAAGUUAAUGAGGCUUUGAAGCUUAUUCAAGAGAUGCCUUUUGAAGCUGAUGAUAUUAUAUGGAGAAAUCUUCUUAGUAUUUGCAUGAUGCAUGGGAAUGUAGAGGUGGCAGAAAAAGCAGCCAAUUCUCUCCUGCACUUAGACCCUCAAGACUCUUCUGCUUAUAUCCUUCUAUCAAAUAUCUAUGCUCAUGCAGGUAUGUGGGGUGAAGUUUCAGAGAUGAGAAAAAUAAUGAAGUACAAUAAGUUGAAAAAGGAACCGGGUUGCAGUUGGAUUGAGGUAAAAGAUGAGGUUCACACCUUUCUUGUGUGUGACAAGGCUCAUCCUAGAUGCAAAGAUAUAUAUGAGAAGCUUGGUGUGCUAAUUAAUGAGAUGAAGUGGGAUGGGUAUGUUCCAGAUAUUGAUUUUGUGCUUGAUGAGGGAAUUGAAGAACUUGAUGAGCAAGAAGAGCUUAGAUCUUGCGUGUAUAUUAUGUAGUUUUACAACCACAGGACAAACAUGAGUUUUGUCAAUUAGUUGGCGAUGAUGGAAAUUCAGAAUUAUUCAGGAACAGAUACAAAAGAGUUGGACACAAGUCCAGCAGCUCAUUCAGCAAUACCUGGAGUUCUGUAAUUUAAUUGGUUUGGGGGAAGACCACACAACUUGUGACAUUGCACUGGGAUUUGUCUUAUAUAAUUUGAGAGUUCUUAAGAAUUUUGAGAUCAUUGUCGCCAUGUUUAAGAAGAAAUGGUAAAAACUGGGGUUAUAAGGAUGACAUGAGGCUGAGGUUGACUGAUGGUGAUGUGAGGGAAAAGGGUAAAAUGGGAAGUAUCACUAGUGAUGGGAGGCCUGCUGGUGUAGGUCUUGCCAACGGAGCUCGCAAGGAAGAGGUGAGGCAGUCUUUAGUAUUGCAGGUGAGGGGAGAGAGAAUAAAAUAAAUGAGUAACCCUUCGAUGCUUCAGAAUUGGCUAGGUGAAACCAAGAGUUUUUCUUCACCUGAGGAAGCUAAAUCCUUUUGCUUGGAUACCAUUGAAGAGGAGAUCUCUAUAUUGGAAAAGGAGCUCCCAGUAGCUCAUCAAUGUAUAAUUUAUUGCCAUAGUGAUUUUCAAUAUAGUAACAUAACGAUUGAUGAAGAAACUAAUUCUAUAACCAUCAGUGUAAUUUUAUUUUUCUUUUUGCUGGUUAUCUAAAUUUUCCUUUGCAGAACUGGAAUCUCUAGGUGAUAAAGCCAUGUUUUGAAUUUUCUCAUAAAACGUGUAUUGUCAUGACAUGACGAGGAUGUACAAUUGUUUGGUAUUCCCUGAGGAAUGCAACAUAUAGGAGAUUCGAAUA